AUGCUGGCGCUCUGCUCCGCAAUCCAUGUCGGCUUCACGCUGCCGCCGCCCGAGCCAGGCCGCCGCGCAGCCCUGGUCGGCGCUGCGAGCGCGCUGUCGCUCGGCGUGCCGCUGGUUCCGGUCGGCGAUGCACCGGGCAAGGCCACGCCGACGGUCAAGCUGCCGCAGUACAAGAACGACCCCAACAAAGGGACGUGCAACUGGCGGUCGGCCGACAAGACUGGUGCCAAGUCGUCGUGCGUCAAGACGCAGGUGCUCGAGCCGUACAACGUCCGGCUGGCGCAGGCCUUCAACGGCGACUUCACCGACCCGGCGCACCCGCAAGGCUACCGCCGCGUCCUCGUGACCGGCUUCGGCGACGUCGAGAUCAAGGGCUCGGACGAGCAGCGGUUCUGCGGAGGCCCAAACGACACCUCCACCACCUGCGCGAACUUCAAGGAGUUCACCCUCACCGGCACGAUGGCCAAGGACGGCAAGAGCCUCACCAUCGACUUUUCGCCAAAGGGCGGCCCCACCGACCUGCUGGCGAAGAAGGUCUUCAAGAAUGGCGUCACUGGGCAUGAGCACCUAGACGCAGCAGAGCUUGAGUUCCCCGAUGGCAACGUCUGGAGCAAGGUUUACUAUGGGCCGAUGACGCAGAGGCUGCUCGACGCACACGGCCCAAUCUAA